UUAUUCGAGCGAUUAGUUCAAUAAAAGCAUACGAGAUCGUCAUUUCAUACAACGAAAUGUUAGUGAACGCGGCGCUGUUGAUGUUCUUCCUGGCCACCGCCUCGACGGAUUUAUUGAACGAAUCAUGGAAGGAGCGGCCUCUACCUUCCAACUGUGUCGAGGCAGUGAGCUUGGCGGGUUCAGAAGCCAAAAGCGGCAUCUAUCGCAUACGCGUAUUGCUAGAUAAUUGGGCCCAUCGCCCCUUCUACGUGUACUGUUUACUCGACGAGAACGGCGGUGACCCCUGGUUGUUGGUGCAGCGUAGGCAAGGCGAAGACGUUGACUUUUAUCGCAACUGGACAGAUUACAAGAAUGGCUUUGGAAACUUGGCCACAAGUUUCUUUAUUGGCUUGGAUAAACUCAAUGCGCUCACACAAGUGGAACUUAAUGAGCUACAAAUUGAAUUGCGUGAUUUCGAAGAUACCACUAAAUAUGCCAACUAUGAAAGUUUUGCCGUGGCUGAUGAAAACGAAAAAUAUGCCUUGAAUAUUUUAGGACCAUAUACUGGGGAUGCAGGCGAUGCCUUGCUCGGCUAUCACGAUGGUCAAAAAUUCAGUACAUACGAUCAGGACAACGAUAAUUGGAAAGGGAAUUGUGCGCAACAAUACGAAGCCGCCUGGUGGUAUAAAUCUUGCGAUCUAAGUAAUCUGAAUGGCAAGUAUCUUAAAGGUGCACACGAAAAUAGUACGGAGGGCAUUAACUGGGAGCCAUGGCGCGGCAGCUAUUACUCGUUGAAAUAUACGCACAUGGCUAUACGACCAAAAGAUCGUGUGCAAAUGCGGGGACAAAGAUGGUGAAAGCAUAAAUGAAGACUACUUCAGAGGCAUAACAAAUUUAAAAUAUAUUACAAACAUAUAUACAAGGUAUUAAUUGUGUCUACCCGAAAUUGUUUUUGUAAAACUUCCGAGAAUUUUCUAGAAAUAAAUCACGAAAUGAAAUGCAUAUUCGUAA